UAUCUAGUUCUGAAUAGGACGGUCCAGGGGAAACAAUACCUCUACACAGGGAUUUCCAACGACACGUCAAGCUACCGCUGUGCCCUCCGCGGAAAGCUUUUGUUUCCUCCUGCCAUGAUUUACUCUCGUAUGCAUCACAACUAGAGAAUGAGGGAAUAUUCAGUAGGAUUAACAUAAUAGUAUUAGAGGAUUAUUAUUAGUUUAAAUUUCCAAAGCUAGAAUCGAACUAAAUAGGAUUAUUGAAUACUUGAAUGGCUUCUGAUGACUGACUGCACCGAGACAACUGAAAAGGUUCUUCAUAUCAUAUUUUUAGGGACCAAUAAAUCUGGGUUCGAUUUUAUACUUACUUAAUUUUGAAGAAAAGAAAGUUAGCGUGUUGUUUGAGUUGAUGGGUUUAAAGGAUUAGGUGUUCAAAAACACCUUUCUAGGGAGCCGGUUGCACCCUAAUUUGAGGAAGGCCUAUAGGUACCUGACACGCCUUAUGUCCCACAGUGAGGGGUCUCCAAUUCAAAUGCAAAAUCUAUUUGGUUUAAGAGUUUAAUUAGUGACGUAUAUAUAAUCCGACAUUGGUCUAAAAGUCGUCACCUGAGCAGUUUGCAAACAGAACACACUAACCUUUCUGAGGUGACGGUAAAAGGAUGGCGAUUCCUGUCGUCCAUCAGCUGCGAGUUGACGCCAGGUCAAUUUUCAGUAUAGACAGCAUCCUCGGGUUGGACUUGGAAAGACAAGACCUGCAAAAUGUGUCAUUGCGUUUAUAUAGACCUUGGACAGAAAUGGAUUCAACGAAACAGCAUUACAUCACAGCCAAACCGUCGGAGGCUGCGCCAGAUGUGAGGAUGGCUGAGGACAGGAGCUCCAACUGUAAACAGAACAUCUCGGAUUCACAUAGAAGAAGACUGAACUGGUACGUCGGACGCAGACCCCGCACGGCGUUUACAAGCGCUCAGAUCGAGAUCCUGGAGAGCGUGUUCAUCAUAAACUCCUACCCAGGUAUCGACAUCAGAGAGGAGCUGGCUCAGAGACUACACCUGGAGGAGGACAGAAUACAGAUCUGGUUUCAGAACCGCAGAGCCAAACGGAAACGCUCCGACAGAGAGUCUCAGUUUCUCAUGGUGAAGAAAGUCAUUUCUGGUCUCAAGACAAAAGAGGAGGAAGAAUAAUGAACACUGUAUUUGUCUAUUUCUGUCUGUAUAUCUUUCUCUGUCAGUGCAAUAUUCUGAUAAUUUAUUUAUGUGUGAAUGACGAAUUGUGUCUUAUUAAUAG